CUGUUCUCUCAAGCGCACGGCGAAAGGAGGGGGCAACUUCCGGGCCCUGGCGGGGCUUUUGUGUUGGGCAGCGAGACUCUGGCGAGCUCGGUGUGUCUCCGCCGCUCCUUCCCCUUAUCCCUGGGAGGUCCAAGUGGUUCCGCGGCAGCCUCUGUGGCUCUGGGACCUGCAGGUCCUGGAAGGGCCUUAGGGAAGACCCGAGACACCGGAGAGUGGGAAAUGGAUUCAGUGUCAUUUGAAGAUGUGGCUGUGGCCUUUACCCAGGAGGAGUGGGCUUUGCUGGAUCCUUCUCAAAAGAAUCUCUACAGAGAUGUGAUGCAAGAAAUCUUUAGGAACCUGGCUUCCGUAGGAAACAAAUCAGAAGACCAGAAUAUCCAAGAUGACUUCAAAAAUCCUGGGAGAAAUCUAAGCAGUCGUGUGGUAGAGAGAUUGUUUGAAAUUAAAGAAGGCAGUCAGUAUGGAGAAACCUUCAGCCAGGAUUCAAAUUGGAAUCUGAAUAAGAAAGUUUCUGCUGGAGUAAAACCAUGUGAAUGCAGCGUGUGUGGAAAAGUCUUCAUAUGUCAUUCAGCCCUUCAUAGGCACAUCCUGUCUCACACUGGAAACAAACUACUGGAGUGUGAGGAAUGUCCAGAGAAGUUAUAUCAAUGCAAACAAUGUGGGAAAGCCUUUAUCUCUCUCACCAGUGUUGACAGACACAUGGUAACACACACUAGUAAUGGGCCUUAUAAGGGUCCAGUGUAUGAGAAGCCUUUUGAUUUUCCUAGUGUAUUUCAAAUGCCUCAGAGCACUCACACCGGAGAGAAAACAUAUAAAUGUAAACAUUGUGAUAAAGCCUUCAAUUAUUCAAGUUAUCUUCGUGAACAUGAAAGAACUCAUACUGGAGAGAAACCCUAUGCAUGUAAGAAAUGUGGUAAAUCAUUCACUUUUUCCAGUUCUCUUCGCCAACAUGAAAGAUCUCACACUGGAGAGAAACCCUAUGAAUGUAAAGAAUGUGGCAAAGCCUUCAGUCGUUCCACUUACUUGGGAAUACAUGAAAGAACGCAUACUGGAGAAAAACCCUAUGAAUGUAUAAAAUGUGGCAAAGCCUUUAGAUGUUCCAGGGUCCUCAGAGUCCAUGAAAGGACUCACAGUGGAGAAAAGCCCUAUGAAUGUAAACAGUGUGGUAAAGCCUUCAAAUAUUCUAGUAACCUAUGCGAGCACGAAAGAACUCACACUGGAGUGAAACCUUAUGGAUGUAAGGAAUGUGGUAAGUCGUUUACUUCUUCCAGCGCCCUUCGAAGCCAUGAAAGGACUCAUACUGGAGAAAAACCCUAUGAAUGUAAGAAAUGUGGUAAAGCCUUCAGUUGUUCCAGUUCCCUUCGAAAGCAUGAAAGAGCUUAUAUGUGGUAAAAAAAAAAAACAAACAAUAGAACACCUCUGUGAAUGUAAGAAUUGUGUUAAAGCUUUCAGUUACUCUAGUUUCAUCAGAGCACGUGAAAAAAU